AACGUUAAAUUGACAUCAUGGACUUUAUAAUCACAAACAAGUGAAUUGUCCCUCGUCAAUGGGGGACACCGCUUCGUGUUAUGCGUUGAACGACUCACAGUUAAUUGCUACGAAUAUUAAACAAUGACUGUUAGCGAACAAAAGCGAGAGGAGCGGCUAGUUUUUGUUUCUCUCUGUAUUUACAACUCGUGUGUCGGUAGCCACCGUUAGCUAGCUGCCUACAACUUUGCACCUGUGUCAUUAUGAAUGCUGCGCUAAGUUUGUUUUCAGAAGUGUGUGUGUGUGUGUGUGUGUGUGUGUGUGUCGUUGUCAGACGACCCGACCGACGCGAGCGUUAGCAUGUUAGCCGUUAGUUGAGCUGGUUGGUUGUUUGCAAGAGGUAUGCUAACAUGUCACAUGUCGUGCAUUGCUCCUGAAAGUCUUGACACGUAACUGAGGCCACACUUUCACUGUUACAUCACUCGUUUAAAAGUACUUCUGCUCAGAAUACACAAAUUAUUUAAAAAUUUGAAAUAUAACGAUAAUAAUUGCCUGAUGUUUCCAAGCAUGACCCUGGUUUAUCCAGCAGCAGAUACAACCUCACAUGCAGAAAUGAUCCGCUAAUUAUUCUGUACGUCUAUUCACAAACUUUGAUCGGCAGCACUUUGGAUAAUCAAACUGAUUUAAUGCAUUAAAAAGUAAGAAUAGCAUAGGUUGAUAAGUUCAUUGACUGUUGUCCGCCUCUCAAAUAGGCAGAUGUUCUGUUUGUCUCUGUUUUUAAUGUCAACGUUGACUAAAUAUAUUUUGGUUUUCUACCCUGUGUGAAACAAAAAUGGGGUAUAUGAAUAGAAUAGAAUAAAAUAGACAACUUUAUUCAUCCCGCUCGGGGAAAUUCAUUAUGAGGACCUCAACUUGGACUGAUGAAUCUUUUAUGCAGAUUAAAUGAUGAUUAAGAUAAAUGUUAAUUUUUAUUUUCUUGCGAUUGAUUAGAAUAGCUGCCCUAUAAUUUUAUGUUCCAACUCAUUGUUGAGGGUCUAAAAUAUAAAGGAUAUCAGACAACAGAAGCAUCUUUGACGCUUGUUAUUCUACUAUUUUAUUUUUCAUGACAUGAUAACGAGUCAAUUCCAGUCCUGUUAAAGUUAAAGUAGUGUGUUGUGGUCCGCUGCCACAGUGUUGUUGUGAUGUAAUGUCGGCUGCAGUGUCUGCACCCAAAUAGUCACACUAAGUACGUUGUUAUCUUUCCGGGUUAACAAUGACACCAGACUCAGCUGCUGGAUAGCUUGCGACCAGACAAUGUCACCGCGUGGAAUGGAGCAAAGGUCAACACUUUCCCUUCCAUGCUGACAAACAGCAUGUAGCAUUUUAACUCCCUUGCCGCAGCCUGUUGAAUGUUUCUUUCUCAAAGCCGUCUUCUCUGGCAUGGAGAGGAGCAGCGGAGUUGAGGGGAAACCACAGCUCGAUUGACGUUGGUUGUUGUUUUUUACAUUUUGUGUGCUCUUUUUAAGGAGGUCGUUGGCUUUUCAUGUCAAAACAAGUCCUUACAUGCUGAUUUGACAGGACGAGAAAAAAAAGCUACACUCUGCAUCACAGUGAGUGGUCCACCAAACUGCUGACAUAAUGGUAUCAGGGGACGCAGCAGGAAAUGGGGAUAGAUCAGAGCGGGAGAGCGAGAUGGACCUGAAAGUGCUUGCAUGUGAGGCCGCUGAAGGACAUGAAGACGGAGACGCAGAGAUGGCCGUCUCCGCUCCCGAAGCCUCUGAGGGUCCACCGGAGGAUGCCAGGGACCCCAGGAAGUGGAAGUGGGCCGUGAUGUUCUUGUGUUUCUACGGCUUCAUGUCAUCAAUAAAGCCCGGGGAGCCUUUCAUUACACCGUACCUGCUCAGCCUUGAGAAGAACUUCACCAGACAACAGGUGACCAAUGAGAUCACUCCUGUGUUGAUCUACUCCUACAUGGCCGUGCUGGUGCCGGCCUUCCUGCUGACAGAUCUUCUGCGCUACAAGCCAGUCCUGGUCAUCCAGGGAGUCAGCCAGGUGGUCAUUUGGCUCAUUCUGCUCCUGGGCACCAGCCUCAUUGAAAUGCAGUUCAUGGAGUUCUUCUACGGCAUCACGAUGGCCUGCCGCGUCGCCUACUCUUCCUACAUCUUCUCGCUGGUCAGCCCGGUCCUCUACCAGCGAGUGGCCGGAUACUCGCGCUCCUCCGUCCUCUUGGGGGUGUUCACCAGCUCAGUGCUCGGUCAGCUCUGCAUGUCUUUCGGGAACGUCAGCUUCUACACCCUCAACGCUAUAUCUUUGGGUUUCGUCAGCUUCGGCCUGCUGCUGUCAAUGUGCCUGCCGUGGCCGAAACGCUCCCUGUUUUUCAACCAGUUAUGGAAUAAGGAGCAAAAGGAACUGUCUGCGUCGGGAGCUAGCAAAUCAGAACUGGACAAAAUUAAGCCAAAAGAGAGCGAGUCGUCCUCUGCCUCUGCCGCGCCUCCGUGCUCAGUGUCACGCUGGAAGGAUUCCGUCCUUGUGCAGAUGCUGCUGGAGGUGAGAAACGUGGUCAAGAGGCCGAACAUGAGGCUUUGGUCCCUGUGGUGGGUGUUCAACUCCACUGGGUACUACCUGGUGUUGUUCUACGUCCACAUCCUGUGGAACACAGUCUACCCAGCCACUGAGAACAAUAACGUUUACAACGGGGGAGUGGAGGCAGCUUCUACAUUACUGAGUGCAAUCGCAUCCUUCGCGGCGGGGUUUGUUAAAAUCCGCUGGAACAUCUGGUCAGAGCUGGUCAUCGGCAUCAUCACGGCGCUGCAGGCGGGUCUGUUGCUCCUCAUGAGCACCACUGACAACAUUUUGGUCUGCUACACCGCCUACGUCCUCUUCAGAGGCUUCUAUCAGUUCCUGGUGCCCAUUGCCACUUUCCAGAUCGCCUCGUCACUCACCAAGGAGCUCUGCGCGCUGGUGUUUGGCAUCAACACCUUCCUGGGGACCAUAUUGAAGAGCAUCAUCAUCCUGAUCUUUUCUGACAAGAGGGGCCUGGCGUUGGACGUGCACUCUCAGUUCCUUGUGUACUUCGUUUACUUCAUCCUCCUCAUUGUCGUCUACUUUGUCUGUGCCGCGGUGGUCAUCAUCCGUCACUAUAGAAACCAGCCCACUGCGGGGGGAGGGGCCAACGGACAGGCCACGCCCACAGAGCUCAGUCCCGUGGAGGCAGAGCCUCUGUACAAUGGCAAAAGUGCCAACGCGUAACGUCGAGAAACGUGUCUCGCCUUGAACUGUGUCGGGCUCAGCGUGCUCAGCUCGUGUUAACGGAGAGGUGCGUUCAGUGUUACUGUAGCUGCUCAGCGUUUUUAUUAUACAAGUGCCUCAUCUUCUACACAAGUGUGACAUGCUGCAAUACAGGAGAGUGUUGUAUUUCUCUAUGAUAGGAUGCGUUUUGUUAAACUGUGAGAAGGCGAUUACAAAUUUUUCAUUUAAUGCACCACACAAAGAGGUACUAUGGGUAAAGUGGAAAAUCAACCUUGCACACAGUGAGGGACCAUUAGUGUAAUGGCCGCAAUUUAGCUUCUUUUGUAUUUAGUACAUGAAACAAACAGGGACAAUUUGAAGCUGCAACACAAUGAACUGUCCUCUCUCAAAUGAUUACUGCGUGAUUACAAACAAACAUCACAACACUUGGUUAUCCACACUCCUAAUUGCACUUAAUGUUCAACAAUAAAUGUGACAGUGCCGUUUGAAAACCACACAUCAGUAUAAUUGCUUUUUAAAAGUAUAUAUAAUGUUAUAUAUUCAAAUUUUCAUAUCACAUAAAAUCAGAUUAUGAAUCGUACUUUGUUCCACAGCAUUUGUAUUAGUUGAGAUUUUAUGCAGUGCGUAAUUUAAAAAAAAAAGAUUUUAUUGUUGCUGUUACACUAAUUAAUUUUAUGUAAAGAUCAUUUGUAAUGUAGAAGCAGCAGCAUCAGGAACAGAAUGUGUUGCUUAGAAGGAAAUCAUUUGAAAGGUUUAUAGACAUUAUCUAACUUUAUUAUGACACCAUUUUCAUCAGUAUCUCAGUCGUUGGUCUCGCUGCUAAUUGUCUCCCUGUUACCAUUUAGGGAGAACCCACCCACCUCCAUGAAGGACUCCAGCUCUUAAGUACAGCUUGUUUUCAGUUUGAGUCAAAAGCACAGCUAUUAAUUUACAUUCAUCAAAACCUGCAGGACGCGCUGUAGAAAACAUAGGAAUGCAACAGACGAUUAUACAGAGGAAAAUGUCCAUUAGGUCACAACAGCCGUAGACAAAUCAAGAGAUGUAGAAUAUUUCUUACAGUCGUUUGUCACGUUAACUUGAGUUUUGAGUUGGAUUACAUUCGGAAUGUAUGGAUUUUUAUAAUUUUUUUGGGGGGGGGGUUGUUGAAAUAGUUCCUACGAAAUUAUGCAACUGUGAAUCUGUGUGAAUGCUGUAAAAUGAAAACUGAUGUUAAUUUUGUAUUCACAAAUAAAUUACCUUUGGUCGAUUAAAAAACAAAAGCUCCUUGAUAAUUGUUUUUGGGCUCAGUAAACCACACUUCUCAAUAUUUUUGACUUGUGACCCUUUAAAAGAGGGACAUUUUCUUUUGACCUCACAGUGACCUUUUAUCUAUUAAUUAUGAUACUUUUAUUUGCGAUAGUUUCAAUUUGACAUACUUAAGAGACCAGAAGAAGAAAAAACGAAUUAUCUUAUAUCUGACUCUUGAUGAUGGAUUUCUUACAUCAUGAAACAACCAUGUCGUGUUAUGAGUGCAACAAUGUGAAGAUGCUACUGAAGAACCACACAUUUAUAUACAAUACUUAUACAAUAAAUCAGUUACCAUUUUUCUGAUAAUAAAUUGAUUGAUUUUAUUUUCACAUUUUUUAAUUAUAAAAGAAAAGUUAUUAUAUAUUUAAUAAUUCUGUGUUUGAUGCACUAGGUUGAUGGACUUGUAAAUGCAGCAUGUCCAUGUGAGUUGUUUAGUCAGCUGCAGUCGCUGCUCGCAGCAUGAAGACCCUUUUGUUUUUCAGUAUUUCUUCGUAGGAGUUCACUUUUGUUUUUCUCAUUGACUGUUUUCUACAGCUGAGAUGUGAUGAAGUCCUCUAAAUCUUCUCUAAAUGACUCUGUAUGAGUGGGAGUGAUGUGUGAGUUGUUUGCUGUGGGACAGUUCAACCCUGGUUUCUGACCUGAAGCCAGUAAGCAAUGACUCAGCAGCUCGACCAGACAGCCCGUUAUUCCACGUUAUUCCAAAGCAAAAUCAAGCCCUGAAAAUUAUGUAUAUAAAGUUAUGUGUAUUUGAGACGAUGGAGUUUACAUAAAAAACAACAACAGUAUGAUCCACGGGCUUGAAAACACUAAGCCUGUUGCCACAAAAAUACACUUUUUAAAUCUGCAGAUAUUAGCUUAUUCAUAAUAGUGUAUGAAUAAUACAUUGUCAACAUAAUGACAUUCAAAAAUUAUUUGAAAAAGAAAACGUAAAUAUAUUUGUAAAGAUAAAAUGAUAUGAACAAAUCUGCUUCUGCAAUGCAUUUUGGCAAAUAUUCCAUAAAAAUUACCAUGAACAGUUAGAAAAAAAAUGUUUUUCCCUACAUGCUACUUUAAAACGGUGAUCAAACCUUGAAAGUCAUUGAUGAAAUGCGUCCACUUGCUGCCCUCAAGGGGUUCAACACCUGUCUUUAUUGUCAGCAACAACAUAUAAUCUCGUUAAUAUUUUAAAUUUACUAUUUGAAAAAAGAAAGAAGGGAUCAAAAUAAGUUGGAGUUCAGGCUUGAUAUACUUUUAGUUUUAUUAAAUAUAGCCCUCAUAAAGACACUUGCACAUGUACAUAUCUACAUUCUUCAUAGCCUCACACUGCAGCUGACAGGGUAUGAACAUCUGAGUGUAUUCUGUUUAAAAAUGUUUCCUACACAUUAAAACAAUGCCAGAGCAACGGCUAAGAGCAGUUUGACAAACAUCCAAAAGAAGUCCGAAACUCAUUAGUUUGUAUUUACCAAGACUGAUUUGAUCAUUAAAACUGCGAAACAAGUCUCUGAUACUUAAAAAAAAGUUUAAAAAAAUCAAAACUACAAGGGAAAAAACCAAAGAAUAUUACUAUUUUAAAAGAAAGACGAGUAAAUGCAAAAACAAACCUUGUCAAAGCUGCAAAACUUUCAAAAUAUAUCAUUCUGAAUUCAGAGCUGAAUGAUAAAAGAUACACAUUCAAAAGCAAAAAUAGUGGAUUGAUCUUGAGCUUAAAAUGUCCCAUAUUCUUUUUACUAGUUUGGAUGCUGUCUGUUGCCGAGGAAUCCGCGGUAACGUUCUGCACAAAGCCUGUAUUGUGGUUUGAGCUGACUGCCCAAACCCCACAAUGCCGUCCCUUAUUCACCUUACUGUCAGUCCAGUUCCUCCCCACACAGUCCGAGCUGCAUCCUAAACGCCGUGAGGCUGCAUGAAACCACAACUCAACCUCGACCGCCUAUUUAAUGAACUCAAGGGCACCGCUCGGUGUCAGGUACGAUGUCCGUCGCAGGAAAGCGCACUUGUAGUGACUGGGUUCCUGGUAUUGUCUAAGGUUUUUCUCUGCCUCCCUGCAACUUCCAGAAACAAACCUGAAGAAGAUCUACUUCAAGUCUAAAAGCUGUAAAACUCAUUUCUUCACUUUUUGACCUUUUUUUUUUUUUUUACUCAAAUAUUUCCCUUCUUAGUGUCUUUUAAAUAAUAAGGGACUAAAAGAAGGUCGCAGCAGAAAGUAGCUGGAUAAAUCAAUGUGUCCCUUUUUCGAUUCUGAUCUAGUCAGUUUUGUUGCUUCACAAACAGAAAUCAUCAAACAUCAACAUACAAUUUUUUUAAAAACUGACUGAGGAUAAUUCACUCCCACAUUUAUUCUUUGAAGCUGAUACGUAUAAGUGCAAAUCACAACGACAAAUG